AUGAAGUCGAUUUUACAGCAACAUAUCUACGGUGCUUAUAAAUUCCUGAGAAAUGUGUCGGACGAUGAAGAAAGUGAACAAGAAGAGGAAGAAAAGGAGAGUAAUCAUGCUAUUUCGUUGAUUGAAGAAGACGACAUAACCAAAACGAGUAAUUUGCAGACAUUCUGGAAUAUCUUCAACGCAAACCAAGGAGUAGCCAUCUUGGCUAUGCCAUAUGUUGUCAAAAGCGGCGGGUACUUUGCUCUUUUUGGAAUUGUGGCCCUGGCGUUUGUUUCCAAUUUCACCAAUAAAAUUCUUGUGCAGUGCCUCUACGAAUACUCCCCGGAUCUGACCUCGUUUCGCGUCCGAAACAGCUAUGUGGAAAUCGGGGAAGCAUUCUCGCCGAAGAUUGGCCGCCACCUGGUGAACGCAGCGCAGAUUUUCGAACAGGUCUCCUACUGCACUCUUUUGCUCAUUCUAUGCGGAUCCAUCUUGGCUUCAACGUUCCCUUUCGUCCCACUGUACCAAAGCCAUUGGACAGCGCUUGGAGCGAUGUUGCUAUUGCCAAACAUAUUUCUGAAGUCUCUUAACGAAGUAUCAUGGGUCAGUUUCCUCACAGUGCUGAUCGGUGAGAUCAUUUACUUAACGGUCACAAUAUACGCUAUCAUGCAUCACGAGCGCUGGAAUUUCGCCUCCAUGCCCGACUUCAAGUUGAAGACGUUCGGCGCCGCAGCUGGCAUCAUCGUCGUGAGUUACUCGUCACAGCCUUACAUGCCGGCCAUCGAAGGGAGCAUGAAGGAGCCACAGAAAUUCACAAACGUAAUGAGUGUAACGUACGUGGCAGUUACAUUUGUAAAAGUUGCAUUUGGAUUCAUCGGCUAUCUCACCUUUACCGAAGACACAGAUCAGGUCAUCACCAACAAUCUACCGGACGGGGGACUUCACAUGUGUGUUAACCUUCUCGUUUUACUUCUUGCCGCUACAUCUUACACUAUCCCAGUCUACACAGUUUUCGAUAUUCUAGAAAACAUCGAGUUCCCUUUCUGCAAGAUAGACAACCCCAAAGAGACAAAAGACAAGAUUUCCUACGCCCAAGCGCUUGCCGCCCGACUCUGCAUAGUUUCUUUCACGCUGUUUGUAGGGGUAUUAAUUCCUCAUUUUGGGCUUUACAUGGCUCUAGUUGGUAGUUUUACCGGUAUGUGUUUAGCGUUUAUUUUCCCCGCUAUUUUUCAUAUGAAGAUAUGUUAUGAUAGAUUGCAAUGGUAUGAUUUUGUUAUUGACACGGCUGUUGCAUUGUUUGGGCUUGUAGGCGCAAUUAUAGGUUGCCACUUUUCAGUUUUGGCUCUCAUAGCAGAGUACCAGAAACAUGAACUUUGA